GGCUGCGGGGCGCGCCGGGCUGGCGAGGGCCCCUGCUCGCCGCUGCCGGAACACCCCGGGACCCCGCCGCACAAGACUUUCCGCAAGCUGCGGCUCUUCGACACGCCGCACACGCCCAAGAGUUUGCUCUCCAAAGCUCGAGGAAUUGAUUCCAGCUCUGUUAAACUCCGAGGUGGUUCUCUGUUCAUGGAUACAGAAAAAUCAGGAAAAAGGGAAUUUGACAUGCGACAGACUCCUCAAGUGAAUAUUAAUCCUUUUACCCCAGAUUCUGUGUUACUUCACUCCUCAGGACAGUGUCGUAGAAGAAAGCGAACACAUUGGAAUGAUUCUUGUGGUGAAGACAUGGAAGCCAGUGAUUAUGAGUUUGAAGAGGAAACAAGACCUGCUAAAAGAAUCACAAUUACUGAAAGCAAUAUGAAGUCACGGUAUACAACAGAAUUUCAUGAGCUAGAGAAAAUUGGCUCUGGAGAAUUUGGUUCUGUGUUUAAGUGUGUGAAGAGGCUGGAUGGAUGCAUUUAUGCCAUUAAGCGAUCAAAAAAGCCAUUGGCUGGCUCCGUUGAUGAGCAGAACGCUUUGAGGGAAGUAUAUGCCCAUGCAGUGCUUGGACAACAUUCUCAUGUAGUUCGAUACUUCUCUGCAUGGGCCGAAGAUGAUCAUAUGCUUAUACAGAAUGAGUAUUGUAAUGGUGGAAGUUUAGCUGAUGCCAUAAGUGAAAACUAUAGAAGCAUGAGUUACUUUACAGAAGCAGAGUUGAAGGAUCUCCUUUUGCAAGUUGGUCGGGGCUUGAGGUACAUUCAUUCAAUGUCUUUGGUUCACAUGGAUAUAAAGCCUAGUAAUAUUUUCAUAUCUCGAACCUCAAUCCCAAAUGCUGCCUCUGAAGAAGGAGAUGAAGAUGACUGGGCAUCCAACAAAGUUAUGUUUAAAAUAGGUGAUCUUGGGCAUGUAACAAGGAUCUCUAGUCCACAAGUUGAAGAGGGUGAUAGCCGUUUUCUUGCAAAUGAAGUUUUGCAGGAGAACUAUACCCAUCUACCAAAAGCGGAUAUUUUUGCCCUUGCCCUCACAGUGGUAUGUGCUGCUGGUGCUGAACCUCUUCCUAGAAAUGGAGACCAAUGGCAUGAAAUCAGACAGGGUAGAUUACCUCGGAUUCCACAAGUGCUUUCCCAAGAGUUUACAGAGUUGUUAAAAGUUAUGAUUCAUCCAGACCCAGAGAAAAGACCUUCAGCAAUGGCACUGGUAAAGCAUUCAGUAUUGCUAUCUUCUUCUAGAAAAAGUGCAGAACAAUUACGAAUAGAAUUGAAUGCUGAAAAAUUCAAGAAUUCACUUUUACAGAAAGAACUCAAGAAAGCCCAGAUGGCAAAAGCUGCAGCUGAGGAAAGAGCACUCUUCACUGAUCGGAUGACCACUAGGUCCACCACCCAGAGUAAUAGAACAUCUCGACUUAUUGGAAAGAAAAUGAACCGCUCUGUCAGCCUUACCAUAUACUGAACUACUCAUUUCCCACCUCCCGCAAAAAACUGUGACAAGAGGAAGCUAGGUUGAAAUCACUGCUAGAAUCCAGUUUGCAAUUACUUUCUCAAUCGGUGUCAGUAGUUUUACUGAAAUACCUUUAGGACUUUUACUUGUGAAUUACAGUUGAAAGCUGUAUUUUGACCAGUGCUCUAUCAGGCUUUUGUCUAGUCUUACUAGUCUGUCUUUUGUAGGAUGUCAGUCACUGUUGGAUGUUACACCAGCCUUUCCAGGGUUAACCACUGUGGUGGUGUGCUGCUUAUAGUUUGCUGUUGCAUUGUAAUAAAGGGUGACUUUCCCUAUAGUGACCUGUAAAAAGGACUCAAGGGCUUUAUUACAAACAUAUUCUCCCUUUGAAAAGGGAAAUGCUAAGAGACUCUGUACUACUCAGCCUUCAGUGUACCUGUGUGUCAAUCUUAUAUUUCUUUUUUUUUUAAUUGUGAAUUAUACUUGUAUAUCCAACUGGGAGCACUUUGUAGGCACUGCAUGAACCAUGGAAUGGUAAUUCUAUGGAAGUAUUGCCUUGUGAAUUUGCUGCUAUUUUAGUUUUGUCCUUGCUGUAAACUUGUAGCAUUAAACAAUCAUUGUUGUUAAUAGGCUUUUUUGGAAAACAAUUAUGUGAAAUAUAUAGCUGCUCUUGAUGACAAGUAGCUAUUUGCCUUUUUUUUCUUUGAACUUUGAAGCUAGUGCAUUGGAGUAAUGCACCUUUUUUCCCCUUUUGGAUUGCUGUAUUAAUGUAGUAUAAUUAUUACUGGUUUUGUAAUUUUUCCUGAUAAUGUCCUUCCCUGGCCCUUUUUUAAAAUGUUUCCUCCCUCCACCCAAGUUUUGUACUUGAUUAUAUUGUUAGUCUGUUUUUAGAUGUUUUCCCUGGUUUUUCUUCAGUGUUUGUGUAUAUAAACUAAUCUUGGCGAUAGUGUACAUAGCUGUUUGAAAUGCCAGAAUGACUUCUGACUAUUCCAAGCUUUUCACAAAAUAUAUUUCAUCAAUAAUUAGCCAUUUGACUAAUAAUAUUGGCUAAUCAGACAUUGCAAAAACAAAAACAACAUAGAAUUUGUCUAUUGUUUGCCUAUUAAUUUUGGUUUAAAAUAUGUUUGCACAUGUCUGCUUGACUUGUGUUUAACAUCAAUUGGCAUAUUAAAAGUCACUCUGAGCUUACCAUAAUUGUCUAAAUCUUUGUGAUGCCCGUUUUCUAUUUAAUCUCUACUAUCACUACAUUUUAACAUUUAGAGUAUAAUGUAUAUGAAGUCCAAAAGCAGAGGGCACACUUUUGAUAGACUAUGAAACAAUUAUUAUUUUAAUGAUGAGCUUUAGUCUACAUCAGUUAUAUUUUGUGAUUGAAGAAAAAUUUGUCCAUUAAUGAUAAAUGUUUUCCAUUUUUCAUUUAUUUAAUAUCACAUUGCAUAUUAUACAUUUGAUCUGCUAGAAAUGUAAUACAGUUUAAAAUAACUUUAAGUGGAUGUAAUGACUCAUAAUUUUCUAAUUUGAGCUGAGUCACAGAAGAGAGCUUUAAAAUGAGAUUGUAACUCAAUUGAACUAGGCUGGAUUUUUUAAGAAUUGAGAGAGCAGAUUUAAAGGAUAAACAGUGCUAAUUCUAUGUGUGAACUAGUAUGGAUUUUUUAAGAAUGAGAGCAGAUUUAAGUGAUUAACAGUGCUAAUUCUACAUGACAUCUUUUUCUAAUGUAGUUUAGAACCAGAGUAAGAUCUCACACAUACACAGACACAUAAAGAUGUCACAAGAGUCUUGUACUGUUUGAUCAUGGGUAAAUAAUUUGUCUGAUUAGGGUCUACUUCUUCCCACUGUAAACAUUUCUAAUAACUUUAUUCAGCUUUUAAGCCUAUGGCAUGCUAUAAAGCACAUUUUAGAGGUGUGAAAGGAAUUAGUGUAGACAGGAACAUUAGAUAAGAAAGCUUAUCAGUGUGGGUGACAGACAACCUAAAAAGCUGCUGCAAAGGUAACAUUUUGGUAGUCACUGAAGACAAAGCUACAAACAGUAAAAUUGGUGUGUAUUGGGAUCACUCAAAGUCAAGGUGCAGUUUUCAAGUGCACUAGCUUCAAAGAAAAAUCAUGUGUUUUUCAUCAAGUUGAUAUUUGCAAUAAAUUUUUCACAUAUUGUUUAAGAAUAUUAGAUUAAGUAGGGAAAAAAAUCUUUUCUAAGAAGGAAUUCUUAAGCCAUCUGAAAGCUGAGAUUUGGGCUUAUAUUUAUUCACCAUAGGAUACUAAAUUGAGUGCCUUUUAUGUGCUAAUUGGUAACCAAAGACUAGUGAAAAAUAGUCUUUGUCCCUUGGUACCCAGGGUAAAAUAGAGGAGACCUAGAUAAACAUAAAAUGUGGUAAGUGCUACGUUGGAGGGAUUCUACAGGUAGAGUGAUAGCUCAAAGGACAAUUACAUAGCUUGGGAAGAUGCUGAUGGUAGAGCAGUGAGUAGAUCCGAGGAAUUAUGUGUAGACUGGUUUCACAGCUAUUGUUCUUACUCAGGGCAAAAGUAAAGAGGACCUGAACUAGGACCCCUGUAGAUGGACAGCUGGGAAUAGGGUUUUCGUUAGAUGGGAACACUGAACAGGUGUUCGUUUUUACAACAGAAUGAGAACUUGUUAGCAUAACACCAGGAGGAAGCUACAACUGCUAAUAUUGAAGCAUUGAAGAAUUUUCCAGAAAAGUUAACUGGAAUGCAAAGUUAAAUGCUGUUAUUAUUUGAGACAUAUUUAACAACGAUAAAACUACUGUUUUGGAAAGCUGGUUUUAGGAAGGAAAUUUUAAAAUCUUGACUAUGCAGUUGGGUAGGAGGAAUCCAUUGCAGUUGAGUGCAAAUGGAUUUGUUGCCUUACCUUUAACUUGCCAAGGCUCUCCGCCUUUAAUUAGCAAGCUAAUGUGUUUUGAAGGACAAAUUCUGAAGCUUUGGUUUUCAUUUUCACUCUGUUCCAGAGGUCAAGAAAUAAUGGCAUUUAAAAUAUUGCUAACAGCUGGAUUGGGUAGUGCUUUAAGCUGUCUUCUAAUUCUUAAAGCAGCAGCAUCCUGACAGAGUAGUUUUCCUCCCCAGUUCUCCACAAAGCAUUUUUCUGACUUUAGCCAACAGAUCAAAUAAGUCAUUGCAUCCUUAAGGUUUAUUUACUUGUGAAAUUUUUAAAGGCCCAGUGAAAGCAAUCAACAAGGAGGAUGGAUCGAAAAAGAAUUUUGAAAGUGUUUUGGAUAUUGUGAAAAUCUUAAGUGAAGCCUGAAACUAGGAAUUUGGAGGAAUCUGCCUCAUUCAGUAUUUUGAAGGCAUUUGUAGAAAUGUAAAAAGUAUCAAUAAACUUAUUUGACAUUG